AUGCUUUUACUCGGUGCCACAAUUCUCCUGCUCGGCCAGGCGGCCGCCUCACCCAUGGAAGUCACCGCCCGUCAGGCCAACUGUCCCCCGAUCCACGUCUUCGGCGCUCGUGAGACUACCGUUUCGCCAGGUUUCGGCUCUGCUGGCACCGUCGUCAACUCCAUUAUCCAAGCCAACCCCGGCACAACUUCCGAGGCCAUCGUGUAUCCGGCAUGUGGCGGCCAGGCCAGCUGCGGCGGCGUCCAGUAUGCCGACUCCGCCCGCCAGGGCACUGCUGCCGUGGCCACUGCUGUGAACGCCUUCAACCAGCGAUGCCCAGACUCGCAGAUCAUCCUCGUUGGCUACUCUCAGGGUGGCCAGAUCAUGGACAAUGCAUACUGCGGCGGCGGCGACACGAGCGCCGGUAUCACCGACACAAGCAUUCCCAUCUCUGCAUCAGCACAGCAGAUGAUCCGCGCCGCUAUCAUGAUGGGCAGCCCUCGCUUCGUCGCUGGCCAGUCUCAGAAUGUUGGCGACUGUCUCGCCCAGGGCUUCGCGGCCCGCCCGGCCAGCUUCCAGUGCCCCUUUGCGGCGAAUAUCCAGUCGUACUGUGAUGCACCUGACCCAUUCUGCUGCAACGGCAACGACGCCGUGCGCCACCAGCAGUAUGGUACUAUCUUUGGCGCAGAGGCUUUGACAUUCGUUAAUAGCAAGAGCAUCGGUAAUUGGCAGCACUGGCGCUCAUUCGACCUGCAUUACAUCACCUUGACCAGCGGGGGCACGACAGUCGACUACACCAUUGGCAGAAACAUCAGCAUCCCUGACGGCGAAAGCAGCUUCACAUGGAAUCCCUCGAGCAUCUUGGAAGGACUUAAUGAUAGCGGUAAUGGUGAUCUUUGGCUCGAGGACGGCGAGGAACACUAUUUUGAGGCGCGGAUCAAAAACAUGGGCAGGUGGGGGGCAACGACGGUGCCGAGCGAGAAGUCAGAAUCUAGAGUACGGAAUGAGGAGAAAUGCUUCAGCGAGCACAUUUCUGUGUGA